CACACACACACACACACACACCAUGGCGAGUGUCAGGAUGCUGCCGUCUGGAACGUCUGUCUGCUCCUCCGUCCCCGACCUUUUAUUUCUACCUGAACUUGUGUCUGGUGGUCUGGUGUGGAUGUUAGUAGCAGGCACUAAGGUGGUCCCGGCGAACCCUCAGGCGUACGUCAUAACCGUGGCGCUGCUCUGCUUCAUCACCACCUUCGUCUGGAUGAUGAUGUUCCUGUGUGGAGUCCAUAACAACCGAUCCUCCUGGGCCACUGUGGACGUGGUGUAUCACAUCACAGCUGCUCUGCUGUACCUCAGUGCCUCAGUGCUCCUGGCGUACGUCACCGCCGUCAUCAGCCCCUUCGGACAGGUCAUCACCACUCAGUACAAGCUCGACAUCUCUGCAGUGGUUUUCUCCUUCUGGACCACACUGCAGUACGUCGUACACGCCGCACUCUCGGCCCUCAGAUGGAAAACCUUUUAAAACACAGAUGACUGGACUCUGUGUGUGUGUGUGUGUGUGUGUGUGUGUGUUUGAUCUGUGACUCUCUCUCUCGGUUUCCAUCAGAGUGAAAUAAACAGUUGAAGAUCAGGGGUGUGUUGUGUCCCGACACUGACGAGGAGACUGUGAUGUGUGAUGAGUUCUAAUGAAUCACACUUUUACCUUCACCUACGCCACUAUCACACCGUGUGUACACUACAAGUGUACCAGUCAAAAGUUUGUACACCCCUUCUAUCUCCAUGGUCGUUCCUGAUGUUUAUUUCUCUCUACACUAUAAACAAUACUGAAGGCGUUUAUUAUCCAGAACACACAAUAAUCUCCUCUGAACAGUUGAUAUUGAGAUGUUUAUCUGCUCCUUCUGCUCUGUAAAGCUUCAUAACGGCUCUAAUCUGAGGUGCUGGUUGUUAAUUGGUGAUUUCUGAGGCUGGUGACUCUAAAUGAACUUCUCCUCUGCAGCAGAGCUCAGUUUUGGUCUUGUUC